AUACGGGAUGUAACCAGGGUGUGAGUGAGUAUGGCAGUGCAUUUACGUCGCACCUCCCAGAAGAAGAUCCACGAGACUGAGCAGAAUAGGAAGGUCAGCAAAAAGCGGCGGUCCAUCAGACCAUCUUCAGCCUUCACUCAGACCCCUCCGUGCUCACAGGAAAACUCUGCCAUUUAAACCUCCAAAAGGGGUCCGAAAGUCUCCUGGAAUUCCUCAAUGGAUGACAAUGCUGCCCGUGUUCCACAGAAGAAAAACACCUGAUGAAAUAUGUCAACAAUAAAGGGGAAAGCAGAAGACAAAGAAGUUUGCUGCGAUGAAAAGAAUGAUUAGUCUUAAAGACCAGAGAAUAAAAGAGAAAGACCGUGCCAAAAGACAAGAAAAAAAGAAGAAAGAUCCCUCAGAACUCAAGCAGAGAGAAGUGCCGAAAUAUCCUUCAUGUAUGUUCUUCCAGUACAAUACUCAACUUGGUCCACCGUACCACGUUCUAGUUGACACCAAUUUCAUCAACUUCUCCAUCAAGGCUAAGUUGGACAUUGUGCAGUCUAUGAUGGAUUGCCUGUAUGCCAAAUGUAUCCCAUAUAUAACAGACUGUGUUAUGGCUGAAAUUGAAAAACUUGGACUGAAGUACAGAGUGGCUUUAAGGAUAGCCAAGGAUCCUCGGUUUGAACGCCUGCCGUGCACACACAAGGGAACAUACGCUGAUGACUGUUUAGUCCAAAGGGUAACACAGCACAAAUGUUACAUCGUGGCUUCAGUGGACAGGGAUCUAAAGAGAAGGAUCAGGAAGAUUCCCGGAGUGCCUAUCAUGUACAUUUCCAACCAUAGGUUCAAUAUUGAACGAAUGCCUGAUGACUAUGGAGCACCAAGAUUUUGAUCCCCCCCCCCCCCCCAGCUGAACAUGAAGUGUAAAUAAGCAAGGCCUCCACAACUGUUAAAUAUUGUUUGACUUAAUGCACAUUGUCAAAUAAAGUUUUGCAUUGUGAUUUCAAGAUAAUCAUAAUAAUAAUCAUUACAUUUAUAUAAUGCUUUUCUAGACACCCAAAGUGCUUCACAUUGAAGGGGGUAACUCACUUCAACCACCACCAAAGUGUAGCACCACCUGGGUGAUGCACGGCAGCCAUUUUGCGCCAGAACGCUCGCCACACAUCAGCUUGAGGUGGAGAGGGAGGAAUCAUUGAGUCAAUUACAUGGGGGGAUGAUUAGGAUGGCUAAUGUACUAUAUAUCUUCGCAUUGCAGUUUAUUUUUUCCUUUAUUUUUAUUCCACAUGAAAAAUAAACAUUUAUCUUUUUGUUUUGGGGUGCAAACAUAAUUCACCUUUUCAAUAUUUAAACUCGGAAUAAAAUUAUUGCUUUA